CUGCCUGGAGCGGGGUUUCCUGCCGCUCAGGAAGUGAAAGCGACAACAUGGAGUUGGUGGAAAUGAGGUCAAUGUCUGUCCUCCUCUUUCUAUUGUUUAUGGUACCCGUUGGGAGCCAGGUCACUCUCGGACCGACCAUGCGAGAUUGCUCAGAUUUUACAAAUACAUCUUGUGAAGAGUGCUUGGAAAAUGUCAGUUGCCUCUGGUGUUUUGUUGAUCAACGUUGCAUGAAGUAUCCUGUUGAAACUAUAAUUCCUCCCCGUUCAAUAUGUCCUUUAAACGAAGCUCGUUGGGGAGUUUGCUGGAUAAACUUUGAAUGUUUGAUCAUUGCAAUGUCUGUGGUUGGAGGACUCAUUCUGCUGCCUUUGGUGUGUUGCUGUUGUUAUUGCUGUUGCAAGAAGAACGUAUGUCGUUGUUGUAAGAGAAAAUCCCACAGUUAUGAUGAAGAGGAGGAAAUACUGGCCAAGCUGCAAGAGGAGAGAAAACAAUACAGGAAGAAAAGGGAUGCAGAUACAAAAGCACGCUAUAAUGAAAUUUGCAAGAAAUAUGGUCUUCUUCAGAAUUCUGAUCACAUCUAUAGCAAGUUUGAAAAUGAAUAAAGGAACUCUGCUUUCAAGAGUGCCUGGAUGUUUUUAAUACUCUCACUAUUGCAACCCACUAUUCAAUCAAAUGAAGCAGUCUAUCUUCACAUUAACAUAUAUUUUACAUCAAAAAUCAUGUUAUUUUCAUAUCAUUGUAUUUCAGUAUGAUUUCUGCAUCUGUAAUGUUAAAAGUCCUGCAAUUCUGUUGAAAUGACAUGGUAAGAAAUAUGUUAAAUUGUCUUUUCAAAGUUGAUAUAUUCCAUCAGAUGUCCAACUGUCAUGUGGCAAAUUGCACUUUUGUAUAGAAACUGACAAUUUAUAUUUUCAGUAGUGACAAUUAUGAUGAGAAAUCCUCCAAGCUACUUACCUAUGAGAUUCCUUACUUGCACAGUAUUGUUAAGAUAAUUAAAAUGAAUGCUGUAUUCUUGGUUUUAUUUUGAUGUUGUAUAUUGUCUAAUUUGACAUUAUAUAAAUACUAGCCCUACUAUAUUUCAAAAAUGCUGGAUUUGAUUCAGAUACUUUAUUUCUAGUCUGAUACAGAUUACAAUGAAGAGAUUUUAUUUUUGUUUCAAAGUCAUAUACUGUUGAGAAGAAUUAAUGCCCAGGCCAUUUCAGUCUGCUGCAUAAAAUGAAAACAGAAAAUGCUGGAAAUACUCGGCAGGUCAGAAAGCAUCAAUGAGGAGUGAAAUAAUGAGAGUUUCAGGUUUAAUAACAUACAUCAGAACUUAAUCUGCAUUAUUAUACCUUACUAUAUUUUAUGCACAUUGCUAUACCUUGUUUCCAAAGAGAUCACUAAUAGAUGCUGAAACUUAACUUGAACUAGUAGAAAGUUUUCUAAAUCAUAGUUUGUUCUGGUGUCAAAUAAUAAAUUCAGUUGCAUACUAUAUUGUUAAAAACAGAAGUUAUUUGGGUGAUAUCAUUUGCAUCAUGGGAUAAUUGUCACCUGCUUUAAAAUACAAAUCUAAAAUGGCGAAUCUUUAUUACAAGUCUAAAUUGUUUUGAUGUUUAUGUUAGGCAGAUCUUUGCACAUUAGCAGUUCACAGUCUGAUAUACUUUAAAUCACUAUAAUAUUCAAUUACAAGAAUGAGAUAUUGCUGUAAUUUACGAUUUUUCUUUGUACAAAUGAAGUCUAUAAACAGACUUGAUUGCUUUCAGAAUGGAGAUGUCUCCCAAUAAGUGCUAAAGGGAGUGAGAAAUUUCAUCUAUUCCCUAACAUUACAUUUUCUAAAUAUUUUCAAUGAAUUGUAAUUGUUUUGUGUAUUUUUCCCACUCCGUUUAAUAAAUUUAACUUGUCAAUGUA